AGCGCGACAUCAGUAAAACAAAUCAAAUCGAUGAUUGCCUUCAAGCUUUGACAGUUCUUCAUUUUCACACAAAAAAUAUCACUUUUUCAGAAUAUCAGCAAAAGAUACGUAUUGUGCAGUGGAAAAAUACAAAACGGUGAGCAGAUUCGUCCAAUCGACCCACUUCGGCAACAGAGAAGAGUACCGUAAUAAGGUGAGGUGCGCGAAAACAGGCAGACCGAAAAAAAAGACCAACAGGGAGAGGAGGAGGAUUGAUAACGAUGGUCAGCCCGGAUAAUUUGGACCAAACGCUGCGGAACCUUUCGCUGACUCCGCUGGAUGGCCAUCAGGGUAGCGGCUCCGACACCGAGAGCGACAAUCGGAGCCUAAAGUGGCAUCUUCCGCUGAAGGAAUUGUACAAGAUGGCCUGUGCGUUUUAUAAGGAAAAAUCCGGCAAGGCGAUUCACUUGAGCUACGAAGAUAAUUUGAAGUUGGUGGCAUUCACACAGCAAGCAGCUCAUGGUCCUUUGGAUCCCGGCAAGGCGCCUCAGCUGGGAAUGUUCGACGUGAUUGGGAAGGAUCGACGGAUUGCUUGGCAGCAUCUGGGUACAAUCACGAAGCUUCAGGCCAUGGAAGGGUUCAUAGAUUUGUUGGACCGGCUGUGUCCUCAGUUCAAACCGUACGUCGAGGCGAUCAAGAAAGAUCGCGAGGAAAAAGCACAACAAGCACAGGCAGAAGAAGCCAAAAGAAGGGAACAAGUUGAGAAGGAAAAAGAGAAACUGGCCGAGCUGAAGAGAAUCGAGGACGAGAAGAAUCGGGAGGAGAUCCAGAGGCGUCAGCUGCAGGAUGCUCUGAAUCAACAAACUUAUCAUCAGUUUAAGGACUACGCCGAGAAGCAGUUUCCGGGUAAUCCUGAACAGCAGGCAGUUCUGAUUCGACAAUUGCAGAACGAGCACUAUCAUCAGUAUAUGCAGCAACUGCAAGCACAAGUGGCCAGUAAUUUCUCUCACAUGCGCGCCACAAGCGUGGAUAGCGAUUCGGCAGAAGUAGACGCUGGAAACCAAGUGACGGAACAGCACGCCGGAUUUCAAACUGAACAGGCAGCCAGUGCCAAAGAGAACACCCAGCUAGAGUACAAGGAACAGUGCGAUAGCGAUGACGAGUCUGGAGAGUACGCAGUCAUAAGUCCUGCCAACAUGUGGACAAAGCCGGACGUGAAAUUGUUCAAGCAAGAGGUGACCUCCGGCAAGGGCGAUGGUGUGAUUCGGGUUGGACAUGGUGAUACAAUUACGGUUCGAGUUCCGACGCAUGAGGGUGGUUCCAGCUUGUUCUGGGAAUUCGCUACGGAUAAUUACGACAUCGGAUUCGGUGUCUAUUUCGAGUGGGGCAAACCCAUGACGACGGACGUUUCGGUGCAUGUCAGCGAGAGUGACGAAGACGACGACACGCUUGAGGACGAUGACGUGGUUUGCGCGGAUGAUUUGGAGUGUGGCGGUCAGCAGCAGCACAAACAGCAGUACAACAGUGGCAGUGGGAGCAGUGCCCUGGCCAACCGGAAUCCGAUCUCCAUCAUCGUCCCCAUCUAUAGGCGCGAGUGCCAAACCGAAGUGUAUGCCGGAUCGCACAGUUACCCUGGCGAGGGAACCUACCUGCUCAAGUUUGACAACAGUUACAGUCUUUGGCGCUCCAAGACACUCUACUACAAGGUGUUUUAUACGCGAUAAUUGGUUCUAAGUUAGAAUUAGCAAACCGGAAGGAGGAAGCACGUAUUUUCGUACAAGAGAUAUUAGCUUCUCAGUUUGUAAGAUCCUAUCGUUCUAGCCAAAUGCUCUGUUCUCUGUUACUGUACUCUGUAAGAAAGUGUUUUCUUUCUCUAUGUGUAAUGUAAUGAAACGUACCUUUCGAAAGAUUGCACACAUAAGGACCACUAAUGGUGAAAGCGAACGUGAAAUCUAGUUAAUUUAUUGCCGGCGGUGCAGAUGUUUGUUAGUUAAAAGAUUUUAAAAGUAGCAAGUAAUCCUUCUUUAUAUCUGAAUAUAAUAUAAAAAAACACAUUCAAACAUAUACCUUAACAGUGUCUCUUGAAGCGAUUCGAUGUAGGGUGAAUUUUUACCGAUUUCAACAGUUCAGCUAACGAACGAAAACAGUUUGAAUGACAAAUUUAAAGCAUGGAACUCAAACGAUACCUAUCUAAAAUGUGACAUUGUUUCAUUUGGGUGAUAAUUUAUGACGCAUAAACUAAUUACAAAAGAUAGAUGUUAUAUCCCUGUGAAG